CGGAAGUUCUUAGUAGACUUAUGAUAUCAAUCCGACCAUCGUUCAUCAGCGGCAGUGGUAUAAACCGCCCUGCAGGCGUUACAAGGGAGUGGAACUAGUUGGAAUUGGCACCUUAAAUAAUAAUACAGUAUAGGCAUGUUCCCCGCAUGCUCACGAGUUACGGUGAGCAUCUUUUGGUUUCGCGUUCUGUGUGCCAGAGUUUCUCCUAUCUUGUACCCGAUGAUCGCCUCGAAAAAGCGUUCUCUAAUCUAUUUCCAUUCUCCCACCCGUCCAAGUCGGAUCUGCUACGCAAGGCGCGACAUGAAAGGUCGCCCUACAUACCUAUCCGACCACCGGAACACAUCACACCCCCGCGUCAACCCCCAUCGUCAUACCCUUUCUCUUUCGCCGCCUUUGCUCCUUCUGAGUUCUCCCAGCAGCGACCAUCGCAUCCCGAUCCCCUUCUCGGUGUUUCAACUUAUCUUAGUACUACUAGAAGCCCCUCAGCUCCAUCAUCCGCACUAUAACAAGUAUCCGCAGUACUUAUCCUCCUACGGAGGGAACGGAAAUGAUAAGCGGAUUGCUGCUGCGUCUCACCGGGUUGUCCAACGGUGGUGCUUGAAUGGUGGAUGGUGGCAGGGCGGAGUGGAUUGGUUACGCGAUGGCGGUUACAAUAUGUAGUCGUACGGCGCGACAAUUUGUUUUGUUUGCCACGCGCGGUCAUAACCAUAGUAAUAUUAUCAAGUCGUGGUGUACCACCACAUGAGCCACCCGCUCACAAGUUUGAGCUAUACUUAUAGUGAAGUCGUGGAACGCAAACUGAUG